GACGUUUAGAUAACCUCAAUCUUACAUUAUUCAUAGAAUAAAUAAAAACAAGACAAUCAUCAAUAACAACAGAGACAACUAGUUGUUUUUUAACAAUUAUUCAUUAUUCAUGAUUACUUACGCAAACGUUAAUUAUUGUUCGUCGUAUCAUUCGAUAGAUAUAGGUUGACUGUUACGAUAUGUCUGGUGAUUCUAAAGGGUUUAUAGCAGCUCUAGACGUAGGAACAACUACGAUAAAAUGUCAUAUAAUCAGUUCUUCAGCAAGAUCUGUAGGAUACGCUUCAUAUAUCGUAAAACUGCAUUAUCCUCAUCCAGGUUGGGUUGAAAUAGUACCAGAUGAACUAUUUCAAAGUGUUUUAAAAGUUAUAUUAGAAGCUGUACAAAAUGCAAAUAUAAGCGUAUACCAAAUAAAAUCCAUAGCAAUAUCGACCCAAAGAUGUUCAUUCAUUACUUGGAGGAAAGAUAAUGGUGAAUAUUUACAUAAUUUCAUAACUUGGAUGGAUCUUAGAGCAAGUGAAUUAAUAAAGAGAUUAAAUAAGUCAAUAACAACAACUGCUUUAAGGUGGGUGGCUUAUUUCAUUUAUUUAGGAACCUUUAAUAAAAAAUAUGGCAUGGCGAGUAAAUUACAAGUCAGAAAUAAUCACGUAUCUGGAAGAUUAUUAUGGGUCUUUGAAAAUGUCAAAUCAGUAAAACAAGCUCUACUAGAAAACAAUCUUAUGUUUGGAACAGUUGACACAUGGCUAAUAUAUAAAUUAACAGGGGGAAUGUCGUAUGUUACAGACAUCACUAAUGCUUCUUCAACAGGUUUCUACGACCCUUUUAUUCUAGAUUGGGGCAUCAUAGCCAAAGCACUAAGGAUACCAACCAACUUUUUACCAAAAGUAGUAGAGAAUGAUUAUGAUUUUGGUGAAACUCAAAAAGAUCUCUUUGGAUUACCCAUAAAAAUUGGUUGUGUGAUGGCUGAUCAACAAUCUUCUGUUGUGGGUACUUGUAGUUUCUUUGAAGACGAUCUGAAGCUUACAAUGGGCACAGGAGCAUUUUUAGAUGUGAAUACAGCGAAAAUCAUUCAUCCAAGUUUAAAUGGUAUGUAUCCUUUAGUAGGAUAUAAAAUUGGUAAAGAAUUGGUGUAUAUUUCUGAAGUUCCAUGCACUGAUGCGGGUUCUAUAAUCCAAUGGCUACUACAUUGUGGUUUAGUUGACAAUCCAAAAGUUACUUCGGAAAUGGCAUUGUCUGUUGGAGAUGCGAAAGGUGUGUUCUUCAUUCCCGCUUUUAGUGGAUUAGGGCCGCCUAUUAAUGAUGAUCAAGCCGGUACUGGAUUUAUUGGUAUUAAACCGUUUACUAAAAAGGAACAUUUAGUGAGGGCUGUACUAGAAAGUAUCGUUUAUCAAAUAGUUAAAACAGUAGAUUUGCUUAAAAGGGAAAGGGAAGGAAAUUAUUCAUCUAUAAAAGUUGAUGGGGGUUUAUCUUCUAAUGAUUUCAUAUGCCAAUUAUUAGCAGACUUAACAGAUUUACAGAUAAUUAGGUUAUAUAUGUCUGAUAUGGCUGUGAUGGGGGUGUCCUUUGUAGCUGGAUUAUCUUGCGGAUUUUGGACUGGAAAAGAGGAUUUUCAACGGCAUUGUGACGUUUCAAAAACAUUUCCGCCUUCAAGUGAUAAGGAACAUAAGGAAAAAUGCAGAUUUAAUUAUAAUAAUUGGUUAUCGGCUGUGGAUAGGUUCAAAUUGUGGUAUCAGAAGUAACUAUAUUUGAAAAUUUUCAUUGUGGUUUUUCAUUAUAAACAAACUGGGAUUAAGAUUAGUUUAUAUGGUGCUAGAUAUUUUCCAGUAUGUAUUAAAACUUUUUUUGUAUAAAUAAAAACAUUUUACAAUAU